GCAUCAGCUGUUCACUCUGAAUCGCAAGAUGGCGAUAUUCAGUGUUUAUGUUGUCAACAAGGCCGGUGGACUAAUUUACCAAUAUGACAAUUAUGUUCCUCGAACAGAAGUCGAGAAAACGUUUAGCUUUCCACUCGAUAUAGUACUCAAGAUUCAUGAUGAGAAGGUGGUGGUUUCAUUCGGUCAGCGGGACGGAAUCCGAGUUGGUCACGCUGUGCUUUCUAUUAACGGGGUGGACGUGAAUGGCAAAUACACAGCAGAAGGAAAGGAAAUACUGGAAUACCUGAAGGAUCGAUCAAACUAUCCUGUUUCUAUCCGGUUUGGCCGAGCACGACUGACCUCCAAUGAGAAACUCAUGCUGGCUUCAAUGUUCCACUCGUUAUUUGCCAUCGGGUCACAGCUGUCUCCUGAGGUCGGCAGCUCAGGUAUCGAAAUGCUGGAGACAGAUGUGUUUAAACUGCACUGCUUCCAGACACUCACAGGGAUCAAGUUCAUCGUGCUAGCGGAUCCUCGCCAGUCUGGUGUUGACGCGCUCCUGAGAAAGAUCUAUGAAAUCUAUUCAGACUUUGCCUUAAAGAAUCCUUUCUACUCUCUGGAGAUGCCCAUCAGAUGUGAACUUUUUGAUCAAAAUCUGAAGAGCGCUCUGGAAGUAGCAGAGAAGGCUGGUACAUUUGGGACAGGUUCCUGAGCAGAAGUGCCACAUGUUUGAUGUAGCACUGUCUAGGUUCAACAACCAACUGUAUAUAAUAUGGAUUAUUGGAUAUUCCUGAUGUGUGGAAUACCUAAAAACAUCUUUGAAAAAUUUGGAUUAAAUCAGAAGGAAACCAAAAGGAUGAAUAAACCAGAUCUGUGUUAAUGAUUUAAGUCAGUGGGAGCAGUGACAGCAAAUGGACUUCAUCCAGUUUUUUUUUGGAAUGGCAGAAACAAAGUUCUUAUUUAUUGGUAAACACUGUCUUGUGUUUCUAGCACCAUACUGUACAAUAUGACUGCAUCAAUAAGGAUUCCACUGUAAGAUUAGAAAUCAAACUUCAAAAUCUGAUGUUUGUUAACAUCUUUAUUUAAUAUAAAUGUUUUCAUUAUAUUAUUGAACAACUUUUAUUUCCAUAACACCACAUACAAUGUUAGAGUAACAAUAAAGAGGUAGAACCAUGUUGAGUUGCCUCAAUUUCAGGUGGAGUUGUAAAUCCUCUAUCUCGCUUAUCUAAAUGACAUGUUAGUCAUGACAUGCUGGAAGUGGUUGUGACUCGCCGCUUGGAAUGAUUAAAUAUCGAAUUGUUACUACUUUAAAAUACUAUGGUGUUUGUUCAUUAUCAAAAUACUGAUUUUAUAAUUACAUCUGCAAUACUAUCCACUAUGGGUUCAAAGUAGAAAAGUGAUUUGGAGGAUUAAAUACAAAUUAUACCUCACACCAAUUACGCAUCCAUAAAAUCUGUUCAAAGGAAUGUUUUUUGUUUUGUAAACCCACAAUUUGUAACUAUUAAAGCUAACUGUGUGUAGAUAAACUUUGA